AUGGAAAAGUUCCCCGACUUCAUCGAUACGCCCCUGGGCGAGUCACCCUCAGAGAGCCCUUUGAAUCCUCCCAGUUGGGCAAACGGCGCACCUCCUCGUCCCUCAGAUCGAUGGCGGCCCGUCUCCAAGUCAGAUAAUGGCUGGUCAACGGCCCCUCGAGGGCACAAUCGACAAAAGAGCCUCACGGAUGCUAUUCGUACAAUUGGUCGCAAUGGCAGUGUGAGCCAGAACGCCCACGAGAUCGCCGAUGCCCUCCGUGCCCCCGUCUCUCCGAAGCUUAUUAUUCUGUGCCUGUUGUGGUACACUUCGUCUGCCCUUACAAACACCUCCUCCAAGUCCAUCUUGAUAGCUUUUGACAAGCCCGCUACCUUGACACUGGUCCAAUUCGCUUUCGUCUCCUCGUUAUGUAUCCUGAUGGCAUGGCUUGCGACCAUCUUCCCAGUCUUGCGAACCAAAAUUACAGCUCUCAAGCACCCGAUUCGAAAGCCAACUCGCGACGUUAUCAGAACGACUCUGCCUCUAGCCGCAUUCCAGAUCGGAGGUCACCUUCUCAGUUCGACAGCUACCUCAAAGAUCCCUGUGUCACUUGUCCAUACCAUCAAGGGUCUUUCACCCCUCUUUACCGUUCUCGCUUAUAGGAUCGUGUACGACAUUCGGUACCCCAAGACGACGUACCUGUCUCUGAUCCCUCUCACGUUUGGUGUCAUGUUGGCCUGCUCGGGCAAAACAACCUAUGGUGGAGAGCUCAUUGGUGUCAUUCAUGCUCUUUUGGCCACCGUCAUCUUCGUUACCCAAAACAUUUUCUCUAAGAAGCUCUUCAACGAGGCUGCUAAAGCUGAGGCUGAGUCUCCCCAUACACUACCUAAGAAGUUGGAUAAGCUCAACUUACUUUGCUACUCUUCUGGCAUGGCUUUCCUUCUUACGUUGCCCAUCUGGUUUUGGUCUGAAGGGUUCACUCUUCUCAUGAACUUCUACCGCGAGGGCUCGAUAGACUUGAAUGAGCAACCCAACUCGAUGGACCAUGGAAGACUCACGCUUGAGUUUGUGUUUAACGGUGUCUUCCAUUUUGGCCAGAACAUUCUCGCCUUCAUCCUGCUCUCCAUGGUAUCCCCUGUGACCUACUCAGUAGCCAGCCUCAUAAAGCGUGUGUUCGUCAUUGUCUUGGCUCUGGUAUGGUUCAGGAGUCCCACAACACCCCUACAAGGUGUGGGCAUUGCUCUCACCUUUCUGGGUCUGUACUUGUAUGACCGAACAAAGUCUGGCAACAAGGCCGAUCAAAAGGCUCAGUCGAUGCAGAUUAAGCGAUCAUCGAUUCUUCCCAUCACAAACAAUGGAUUGCGCCCGACACCUAUCAUGGAAUCCCCUCAAAGUACUGACCUCAACACCCGUUCUUAUCCCUACCAUGAAGGCUACUUUGGUCGGCCAUCUGCGGCAGAGGAUCCAAAAAAGUCGGAUGAUGGCGUUUCUCGCAGCCGUACUCCUGGCACUGGUAACGGAGGCUGGCUUCCUCCAGGAACUAAACAGGAAGACACAUGGCAGCCAGGCGAUCGAGUUGCUGGCGUUGCAUGA